UAGGAGCCGAACCAGAAGUGAUGCUUUACUCCAGAGGCAGCGGUGGGGGCUGCAAAGUUUUCUGUUAGCCGAAACCAAACCAACAGAUGUCCGACGAGUGAUUUCUUUUUUCUUUUUUUUCCCCCCCACAGCUUUACCUUAUUUGUCGAGUAUUUUCUGCUCCCCGAUGACUACCUCUAUCUCCACCUGGUUCUGGAGUGACAGAUUUUGGUUUCCCGAAAAUGUGUCCUGGGCGGACCUGGAGCAUCCACCACCUGGUGUGGAGUAUCCCCGGCUGGAGCACUUACUGUGUAUUCUGCCCCUGGCUGUCGGAGUUUUUCUCCUGAGAAAGCUGUUUGAAAGGCUAGUGGCCAAGCCCUGUGCCCACAUACUUCAGAUUCAGGCGGGAGUGCCUCGGCAAGCUCAGCCCAAUGCUGUCCUGGAGAGGCUGUAUCAGUCCAAAACGUGUCCAGACGCGAGGCAGCUUGAAGGACUCUCCAAGCAGCUGGACUGGGAUGUGCGGAAGAUACAGAGAUGGUUUCGAAUCCGUCGGAACCAAGACAGGCCCAGUAUGCAGAAAAAGUUCUGUGAGAGCAUGUGGCGCUUCACAUUUUACCUGGCGAUCUUUCUCUAUUCCAUUUCCCAUUUAUGGGUGUCACCUUGGAUGUGGAAUACCAGGCAGUGUUGGUACAACUACCCCUUUCAGUCUCUGAGUCCUGGCCAGUACAACCACUAUGUAGCUGAACUGGCUUUCUACUGGUCUCUGAUGUUUUCUCAGUUCAUAGACAUUAAGCGUAAGGAUUUCGUCAUCAUGCUCGUCCACCACCUGGCAACCAUAAUCCUCAUCACUUUCUCGUAUGCCAACAACAUGCUCAGAGCCGGCACUUUGGUCUUGUGCGUGCACGACGCGUCUGACAUCUUCCUUGAGGCAGCCAAGCUGGCCAACUAUGCCAAGUACCAGAGGCUAUGUGAUGGCCUGUUUGUGGUGUUCAGCAUAAGCUUUUUCCUCACUCGACUUGUCAUCUUUCCUUUCUGGAUUGUUCACAGUGUUCUGUUUGAGAGCUGGGAGAUCGUUGGACCAUAUCGGGCCUGGUGGCUGUUCAACGGCCUACUGCUGGUCCUGCAGACUCUUCACAUCAUCUGGUUCUACCUCAUCGCUCGCAUUGCUAUCAAGGCCAUAUUCAAGGGAAAGGUGUCCAAAGAUGACCGCAGUGACAUAGAAAGCAGCUCAGAUGAGGAGAAUCAUUCCAGCUACAAUAAAAGCACCUUAAAACCAAAGGACCGCAACAACAGCAGUAACCUCAAUGGAGAAACUCAUGACCACUGAGGACCAAAAGGGAAGACCUUCUUCCUGUGAGGCUUUCAUUCUGAAAGACUUUAAGUUUUUGUUUUUUUUUCACUCGGGAGACAUUUGUGAACUGUUUGGAUGGAGAGAGAGGACUUGGAAACAGGAGAGCUCCAUGCAGACGUAGCAAUGUCCUACUGAGUGAGUCAGGUUUACAGUGUGAAGUUUACACAUGCGGUUUGCUUUCAGGAGUAGACAGAGAAUGUGUGUGGUCUGUCUGUUCCUCUAUGUGUGUGGGUGUUCUUAAAGUUAGCAGCUGAAGCUAAUGCAUAUGCAAAUAAAUGAAUUUUCUUAUUAAA